AUGGGCAGCUGGGGCGCAGCUGGGGCGUGUGACUCGCGGCGCCUACUACCUCUGCAGCUUUGGCUGCUCCCGCAACGAUUCGGAAUCGUCGCUCUCCUCGGACCAGCGCCUGGAGAUCCGGUCCCUUCCGCUCUCCGAUGCCUUGCGUACGCGUCUCCAGCAGCAGCUGUCGCGACAGCCGCAGCACGUGAGCGCAAUGCACAUGCCCAUGAGUCUCAACCACACCCCACAUCAGGCGUGCAACGGAGGGGGAGAGGAGGAAAAGGCAUGGUGGGAGGGCGGAGGGAGGAGGCGGGGAGGAGGAGGGUGGUGGGGGAUGGGUGGGGUGGGGAGGACAAGGUGGUGGGGUGGCUGCCUCCCUCGCUAUGGUCGCUCACGCGCCUGCAGCAGCUGGCCACCAACGUGGCAGGCGAGUGCCACUGCAUGGGCCUCAACAUCCUCUUCCGCCCCCCACGAUUCUACACAACACACCCGCACCAGUGCCACUGUCAGUGCCUAGCCGCCCUUCCUAACCUAACCUCUCUCUCCCUCCUCGCUCACCGCUCCUUCCCUCCCUGCCUCUCCUUCCUCUCCUCCCUCACUCUCCUCUCCAUCCCCCUCGCCUCCCCCCUCCACCGCCCCGCUUCUCUCGCUCUCUUCUCACCUGUGCUUGUACUUCCAUAA